AUGACCGUUGACUGGCGCGCCGUAAUCUGCAAUUUCUUGGGCGAAAAGAACCAUGUCGAAGACCAGGUUCUGUUCAGAGGCCUGGAAAAAGCCACCGAGAAUCUACAAGAGCUGGAACGACUACGACUGCGAGCAGAAUCAUCUUUGAUAGAGCGUCCGCCGCGUUUUCAGAUCCUCCAUAUGGUCAAUUGUGCAAAAGAUUAUAGGAAAGAAGUAUUCCUGGACACCCCUACACUUGUCAAAAGCGGUCCGAACCGCGCGCAUUUACGAUGCAGCGAGAUUGUGGAUAACGUCGAACAAUAUUUGCAAAAUAACAAAGAGGUGCUCUUCGUGGUUCAUAGGCAUUAUGAGUGCUGUAAAGACAGUUCACGGGCCGGAAGUGGACACUUGCGGCAUCAGAGUGGCCACCAUGAUAUCCAAUCUCUCAUGACAAAGGAGCAUAUUACCAUCGUUUCGUCGCAGCUGGCUGAUGACCUGAACGAUUUGUCAAAUACAGCAUUGUCAGGCAUCGCUCAUCCAGACUUUCACGGAGACGGCAAGACAAACCAAUACCCGUACAUCUGGUGGUUCCACCGUCGUGAUCGUAUUGAGGAUGCAAUUGCCAACAUGGAGCCAGGAUCACGAGGAUACCUGGAUGUGUUUCAGAACUAUCUCGAGGAACACGUUCGUCCAGAGUGGGACACAGUGGAUGACCACCUCUCACGUUCACAAAUUACUCUUGGGUUGCUCAAAUAUCUAUUCAUCCCUGGUGAUAUAGUAAUAUCCCGUCACGAGGGAGAAGGACCAUCCCAUUUGGAAGCUUCUGUUCUCCAGGAUUGGGCCGAGAUAGAAAUGGAGCCUCUAAAGACCCAGAAGACUCAGGUGACUUUGGCUCUGCAAGUAUCACACUGGAUAUUCGUUGGAGUCUUCAAGUCACUUGAACAUAAGUGGAAGGAAACACUUUCUCUGGCUACUACUGGUGUGGUCGAAAUUCUUGAUCUACCAAUCUAUCCGGAAAGAUUCGCGAGUGCGAGCACUAUGGGUGCACUUAAAAACAGAGGCGACAUGCUCUGGAAAUGUCGACAUAGACAAUACGUCAGCUCUAAAAGUGAAUCUAGCAGAGCACAUGAUUCGACCAACUACCGCUACAUGGUCGAUAUGAAGACAUACUACGAAAUGCAUCCUCCUGAAACAGCGAAUUCUAGAGAUAGCUCGAAAGAGCUGGACAGUGAGCUGAUGGUUAUCGAGAACCCUGAUCUUGGCGAUUCGUUCUUCCUGUGUCUUCCUUCUAGUAUUUUUGGAUUCAACAUGCAUAAACACGAGUGGGUUACUCUACAGGUUCUCGACCUUGAGGAAGUUGAAUGGAACGAAGAUGCUUUCUCGCACCUCGUCCUCGAACAUGGCACGAAAGAGCUAGUACAGGCUGUUGUCACUACACGAUUACGCGCUGAAGAGCACAUGGACGUCAUUCACGGGAAAGGGAAUGGUUUGUUCAUCCUGCUUCAUGGUGGUCCUGGAACAGGGAAGACAUUGACAGCUGAAAGCGUUGCUGAGGUAGCCAAGAGGCCAUUGUACAAGGUGUCCUGUGGGGAUAUUGGGACGACUGUGGAGAAGGUGGAGGAGUAUUUUACCACAGUAUUCGAGCUCUGCAGGAUAUGGGAGUGUGUCGUCCUCUUAGACGAAGCCGAUGUUUUCCUGGAGCAAAGAUCGUUGCAACAGCUUGAGAGAAAUGCGCUGGUCUCAGGCAAGUUGUUCCUUCGCGUGCUUGAAUAUUACGAUGGUAUCCUGAUUCUGACUACCAAUCGUAUUGGAACCUUCGAUGAAGCUUUCAAAUCGCGAAUGCAUCUGACGCUUCGCUACGAAGACUUGAAACUCUUCCAGCGGCGGCAAAUUUGGACCAAGUUCAUAAGUCGUCUUUCCGAGCUUGAAUCAUCUCGAAAAAUGAGCGCGGAUCAGUCCUCAACCUCAGAGUGCGAUUCUCGAAGCACAAUUGAUAUAGCAGACAUUACGAAACACUUGGAAGCAUUGGCUGCAAUUCAUUUGAAUGGAAGGCAAAUUCGUAACGCCGUUUCUACAGCAAAGCAAUUGGCGCUUUUCAAAAAGGAAGCCAUGGGGUAUAAACAUCUUGACAGGGUGAUUAGUGAGGUGAUGAAAUUUGAGAAUUAUAUUCAGAAAGUACACGGUGACCUCACACCAGACGAGAUUGCAGAGGAAAGGCAGAUAAGAUAA